AUGAGCUUUAUUUGGCCAGCACCGAGAACCUUCGAUGCAACUGUGGAGGAGAACCCCGCUGGGACCAAAACCGGAUACGCUCGCGUCGAUGAGGUUUACGACGAAGCGAAACGCACCUGGACCCUGCGUGAUAGUGCACCAUACGAACCAAAAGCAACUAAUGUAGAAGAGAAAGGCCCCUAUCAUGAUCAUUGUUUUCUACUCAAGCAUCGCUAUGAGAUUGCCUCUACAACCCCUAAAAUAUCUAUCGUCAUCCAGAGUACAGCGCUCCGUGACACAAUUCACAACGCCGCCAACGACAAUGACCUCAUUAACCUCUACACAGGCGCACCCGAGAUUCCACCGGAGAAAAUCCUUCCAUAUUACUAUAUUCUCUCAGAUGCGCUUGACAAGGCAAGUGUCAAAGCAUCGCGAGAUGGCAACGAUCUCGCCAUCAAGCAGCUAGCAGUCUUCCUCGACUUCCUGAGGAGCGAAUUUGCAAGUUACUUUUCGACAAUCGAAGCACAACUCGCCAAUAUGGAGAUCUCCUUUGAGUAUCUGCGAUCAAUCCUUAUCCCUGGACGCGAAUUCUACACUACAGACUCUCUCACCGGUUUGCCCCGCAUUGUGACCCUGCAGGAUGUCAUGAAGCAUCAAAGCAAUGGGAUGUGGUUCUACCAAUUAAAAUUCGAGUACCUCGAAACAUAUGCCAACUUUGAUUCAGAGAACGCUUCCAUGAUUCGCGGGCGCUUUGGUCGGGCAUCUCUUUCGACUGUCCUCAAUGAAUAUAGGGGCCCUUGCAAGAUUCACUCCUUUCAGUACUUUCCACUGGAGUAUCACGCUAUGAAGGACGAUAUCCGUCGUGCUCUUAUUACUCGAGGUAAGAAGUGGGCCAGUUACGAUGGCUUGCAUCAUGUCACGUAUAAUGGCAUUGGAUAUAAAGGUCAAGCCAAGCAAUAUUUGAAAGGACGGGCCAUUAUCGACAAGUCUACCUUUCGUCGAAUCAACCAUGGUGGUCCAGUCCCCGAUAAAGCGUAUAUGAAUGAGUACGACGCUGUGCGAGACGAGAAAGAGAGGGAAGCUGACGGAAAGACCCGUGACGAAAAUGGGUUGACCGACGACGAUUAUGUGCUCGCGACCCCUCUUCUCUACGGCUUCGCCUUGGGGAAUAAGCAAUGGGCCGCAUUCAAUGUCGAACUCGUCGAAGAGAUUGUGUGGAACGACGAAGCGUUUGCCAACCUCGUCUUACCUCCUGAGAAGAAGUCUCUAAUCCAAGCAUUGGUCGAGGCUCACAGUAGCAAAACCCAGAGCACCUUCGAUGACUUUAUCGCCGGUAAAGGCCAAGGUCUUGUGAUCAACCUAUUCGGCCCGCCGGGGGUCGGAAAGACAAUGUCCGCGGAGGCAACGAGCGAGCAUCUUCGCAAGCCUUUAUACGUCGUAGGAGCUGGUGAUCUUGGGACAAAUGCCGCCAGUCUCGACGCCAAACUGUCUCAAAUCUUUGACAUUGGACACUCUUGGAACGCGGUGGUUCUCAUCGACGAAGCCGACGUCUUCUUGGAGGAACGAUCUGUGCACGACUUGGAUCGUAACGCGCUCGUCGCCGUCUUCCUUCGUCAGCUCGAGUACUUUGCUGGCAUUCUCUUCUUGACCACCAAUCGCGUCAAGACGUUUGACCCAGCUUUUGCUAGUCGUAUCCACGUCGCACUGCGCUACAACGAUCUCGAUGGGGGCACCAAGGAUGCAAUCUGGAAGGCGUUCCUCGGCAAGGUCAGAGUCGCUGAUACGUUGGGAGAAAAAGAAUGGGAGAUAUUGAAGACGAAGAAUGUCAAUGGACGACAGAUCAAGAAUGCGGUCAAGACGGCUCAAGCGCUUGCGCAUAACCAACGAGAGAAUCUCACAUUCAAGCAUAUCAAUCACGUUUUGGAGAUGAUGGAGCAGUUUGAAAGGGACUUAGAGACGAUUAAAGUUUCCGCGAUAUCUGCUGCAUCGCCUCAAGACGACCUUCCGAAGAGACGAACUAAGCGUUCUAAAAUGUAUGAUGACUGGGAUGAGGAAGAGGUGCAAUGGGGAGGCACCUACGGAAUGGCCCCUAUUAACUUUGGAUACCACUAG